AUGCCAGUUGUGAUGAAGCCUGAACCGCAAGACCAAACUGUUCCACCACACCCGGUUCAACCCCCUGCCGUCAUGCCGACAUCUUCUGCAGCUGUACCCAUAUCAGCACCUCUACCAGUUACAACCAACACCAUUACCCAACAAUCAAUCGUUGAAAACCUGGAGAAACUUCCAGAAGAUAUGGAAAACAGGAUUGAUGUUGAAAGUAUUAAAGGCGUGUUUGGUUGGGCCACAGUUGAUGGAGUCAAUGUGCCCUAUAUCAUUCGUAAAUAUAAAAAAUUUGUGUCCGUUAGAAUCGUGGAAAAGAAACUGUUAAGUCGUUAUCCGAAUGCUUUCCCAGACGAACUCGCGAAGAAAGAUCCAUUAGUGAGUUUUUUUGUGACAGAAUACGAAGCCAAAUUAUUGGACGAAAUUAAUACAAUACAUUGUAGUUACGAAUACGGUACGCAACCUUUCUCAACCAAAGAACUUAUCGUGGACUUGGUGGAAUUCGAGGAUUUUUAUAAUUUAGUGAAAAAAACUUUCCCGGAAGAUGUUCUGGCUAAAAUGAGAUCCACUGAACAACCAGCGGAAUCUACGACCCCUGAAAAUUCCAUCAAUCGAGAAAAUCUUGAGAAAAUGUGUGCUUGGAUUCAAAUUAACAAUACUGUGACCCCAGUCAUCAGGAGAAAUGAAUUCACCUUCGUUCCUCUCUCAGUUAUCAAAUAUGCUGCAGGACUUAUGAAAAAUGUGAAUUUAGAAGGAAUUCAGCCUUCGACUGACGAUUGUGCUCUGUUAAAUGAAACGUGUAAAAUUGCUGGAUUCGAUUUCCAGUUCGGUCCAAAGACUAAAUUGAUAGAACUUACUGAAAUAGUGAGACAUUGUCAACCAACAAUCUUACAACUUCCGUUUGAUGAUCCACUGAAACAUGCCCGUUAUCUGGACACCCCCUCUCCAUCAGGGCAGCCACCAGCGUCUCCGACCACCACCCCACAUUCUUCCCCACCUACUUCCAUGCCAAAUACUCAGGUGCCAUCCCAAGGUCACCAGUAUCCAUACCAACGACCAAACGUACCAGUGAAUCCUUUCGCCAUGAUGCAAAUGAUGUCCAGAUCUCUCGUUCCCCAGCAGUUGGCUUACUCACAGCCUGGUUUGAUGCCCAACGCCAUGGCAAAUCCAGCAAUGGUCCAGAGAUUGUACAAUCAACAACCCAGACCAUCUUCAGCAGGCAAACCAAGUCAUCCAUUACAGAUGCAACAGCAAAUGAAUGCUGGGAAAACUCCUCCAUAUCCCCCUGGUUAUAAUCCAAAUCUUCCACCAAACCAUCCUGCAAAUUUAGCUCAAGCACGAGUCAACUUCCCACAAGAUCAGGUGCAAGUUCAGAAAGGUAUUGCCCAACAUCCCAGCAGACACAACAUGCCUCCAGACGUAUUUCCACCAAACCAGUCUUACCCAGGACACAACCCAAGGUCACUUCCUCCCACCCCUCCCUACCAAUCUCCCAUGCCGUCUGGUAGAGGAGGAAUAACAAGUAACGCUGGAAACAUAGGACCUCAUUCUUCCACCACAGCUUCUUCUGGAAUUUUCUCUUCCAGACAAUCAAAACCAAGUGCUUCACCGAACAAUCAAAAUAGUGCUUCUCAAAAAACGGGCAAUAAUCAUCUGAAAAUCGAAGGAGUGGUGAUCAAUGGAAAGAGCAUAUCAUGUUUGAAUGUAUACCGUGGAGCAAUCCAGGGUAAAUUCUGUCUUGUGGAAGCCGUGUGUAAGUUAUACUUCAGUCAAGUCAAUAUUCAGGAGUUUUUAUUUGUGCUACAAAACGUGUUUAAGGUCCGUCUUCAUACGUGUAUGGAUGACGAAGAAAAGGCAUUCAUACAGUACUAUAACCUUCCUGUGAACAUGUUAAAGUGUAACAAGAUGGUGCAUCUGAAAGAUUUGGAAGGUUUGAUUCCGCGUAUGACCUAUAUAAUCAAUCAGAGAUACGCAGAAAACCAGAACAAAAAAGAAUUAGAUGAACAAAAAUCAAACGAGAAGGACUUGAAUAGUGCUAAUGGACAAUUUAAGGGAGUUAACUCACGUAAAAGAUUAUCAUCGGGACAAGGAGGUCCUGAGAAAAAGCAAUCGAGUAACUUGGAACAAAUUAUGCAGAGAUUGUCUCAAAAGAAUCAGUCUGCUGAUGAUUCAAGCAGUCGGUCACCAUCAGUACCCAAAACAACAGAAUCCAUGAAAAUCCCAAGUGGAGUGAUAGUAUUGGAUGAUUGA